AUGGCUACUUCCUCUCCCGUCCUCUACAGCUUCCCCAACACCGAUACUGUGGCCAAGCAAUUGCGGCCCUAUGUGCUCCGGGCUCAGAAUUCUGCUAUCAACCGUCACAAUACCUUUCGCCUUGCCGUCUCCGGUGGCUCUCUGCCAGCCAUCCUAGCUGAAGCCCUCUUGGCCCCCAGCAAUGGCUCCCCUGAAGACACCCCGCAGUUCUCCAAGUGGGAUAUCUUCUUCGCCGACGAGCGCGCCGUGCCCCUCGACCACCCGGACAGCAACUACCGUCUCCUGAAAGAUGAGCUUGUCAGCAAGAUCCCCGCGGAUUUGGGUACCCCCCACAUCCACCCCAUCGACGAGAAGCACGUCGGCGACGAUGACCCGCAGGAGCUGGCCGACCUGUACCAGGAGGACCUGAUGCGUUCUUUUGCCGCUAAGGACAGCGUCAAGUUGCCCGUUUUCGACCUCAUCCUCCUGGGCUGUGGUCCCGACGGUCACACAUGCAGUCUUUUCCCCGGUCAUGAGCUGCUGCGCGAGAAGGACGCCUGGGUGGCGGCUGAGACUAACUCGCCCAAGCCCCCGCCGAAGCGCAUUACCCUGACCCUUCCUGUUGUCACUCAUGCAUUCAACGUUGCCUUUGUUGCUACCGGUGCUGGAAAGAAGGAUAUUUUGAAGCAGAUCUUCGAUACUGAAGAGGGUCGUAGCCUGCCUUCGGCUCUGGUUAACCAGGGUGCUGGUGAGAAGGUCAGCUGGUUCACUGACCACCCAGCUGUGGAGGGUGUUGCAUUCCCGCGGCGCGGGAGCCUCUAG